AUGCCCAAGAACAAGGGAAAGGGAGGCAAGAACCGUCGUCGAGGAAAGAACGAAAACGACAACGAAAAGCGCGAGCUGACCUUCAAGGAAGAAGGACAAGAAUAUGCACAAGUUUUGAAGAUGCUGGGCAACGGCCGCCUCGAAGCCCUCUGCUUUGAUGGUGAGAAGCGUCUCGCGCACAUCCGAGGCAAGCUGCGCAAGAAGGUCUGGAUCAACCAAGGCGACAUCAUCCUGCUCUCGCUACGCGACUAUCAGGACGAGAAAGGCGAUGUCAUUCUGAAAUACUCGGCCGACGAGGCGAGAUCACUCAAGGCUUACGGCGAACUUCCCGAGAGUGCAAAGAUCAACGAAACAGACACGUACGGUCACGAAGGCGUGGAUGACAAUGUCGAAUUCGACGAAGACAGGGACAGUGACUCGGACAAGGAGGUCGACAUUGAUGAUAUCUAA